AUGUAUACUCCUGAUAUGGACGGGUCAAAUUCCGAAAAAGAGGAGUUUGAAGAGAAAAGAACCCUGAGAGGGAGGGUUAAACGCAGGAUUUGCGUUUCAUCAGAUGAAGAUAGUGAGGAUGUUGUUAGUUCUCCACAAAAACCCUUGCGUCGAAAAAAAACGAAAAAUGACGUUGACGAAUAUAAUGAUGAAGAUAGCGACGAUAGCAAGAAACCCGUGAAUAAAGCUUCUGGAAAUUUGAACUUCGUUCAGAGUAAAUUAAAGGCAUUUGCUUCAAGUUCCGUUAUGCGACGUGGAUCAUCAUUUUCUUCGACAAUUCACAUGACAAGUUCAGAGAAAAAAAAACAACGUGCGUCAGAUUUUAAGGCCAAGAAUGAGGAGCGUUAUAGUUGGCUACAAGAAGUCAGGGACGCUGAUGGAAAUUUAGAAGGAUCACCUGACUACGAUUCUCGAACAUUAUUCAUUCCUCGUUCUGCCUGGAAUAAGUUUACACCCUUUGAAAAACAAUUCUGGGAAAUAAAAGCGAAACAUUGGGAUACUGUGGUUUUUUUCAAGAAAGGAAAAUUCUAUGAAUUAUAUGAGCGUGAUGCGGAUAUUGGACAUAAAGAAUUUGAUCUUAAGCUUACUGAUCGCGUAAAUAUGCGCAUGGUAGAUCAAAUGGAGACUGCACUUGGAAAAGAGAUGCGCGAAAAAGCCAGUAAUGUAAAGGAAGACAAGAUUAUCAGACGUGAACUAACGUCCAUUUUUACUGCUGGUACGAUCGUCGAAGGUGGAUUAUUGACCAAUGAGAUGUCAACUUAUUGCAUGUCGAUUAAGGAAUCAUGCCCUGCUGAAAAUGCUCCACCUGCUUUUGGGAUUUGUUUUGUUGACACCGCGACGGCAGAAUUUCACCUCGCGUCGUUUGUCGAUGAUGGAAUGCUUAGUCAAUUAUCCAAACGUAUCUUGAAAGAUUGUACAAACCGUCCAAUAUGGACUGCACUCAAACCUGAAAGUGAAUUUUGGGAUGCUAAUACGACGAGAAGUCAAAUAAGGAUGUCUCAAUACUUUAAUAAUAAGAAUGCAUCAAAAACAUGGCCAAGUGCAAUUCAAGAAGCUUUAAAGGAUCCUUUAAUGCUAUCGGCUUUAGGAGGGCUUAUUUGGUAUCUGCGUGCGUUAAAACUUGAUUCCGAGCUUGUUUCCCUCCGAAAUUUCCAUAUAUACGAUCCAAUAUGUCAUAAUACCUCACUUGUUCUUGAUGGACAAACGCUGGCAAAUCUUGAAGUGUUUGAGAAUAGCUUAGACGGAAGUACUCGAGGGACAGUAUUCCAGUUGUUAAACCGCUGUAUUACUCCCUUUGGAAAGCGUACUUUCAAACAAUGGCUAUGCCAUCCGCUUCGUGACAUUGCUGCUAUUAAAGCACGCUUAGAUGCAAUAGAAGAAUUAAAUACUGUUCCCGACUUUCAAGAUGUAUAUCUUGUGAAUUUUUCUCAUUUUCCAGACCUUGAACGCUUGAUAAGUAGAGUUCAUGCUGGCACAUGUAAAGUGAAAGAUUUUUUGCAUGUACUAGUUUCUUUCGAAAAAUUGAUGAAUACAAUGGAACAAUUGGGUGGUUUUGCAAAUGAUUUCAAAUCAAUUAGAUUGAGACAGUUAUUUGAGUCUUUUCCUGACUUGAAACAAAUGCUUACACAUUUUAAAGAAGCUUUCGAUCAUGAAAAAGCAUAUAAAGAAGGUAACCUAUUGCCCUAUCCUGGCAUUGAAAGUGACUACGACGAAAUUAUUGACAGAAUGGCGGAAAUUGAUAAAAAAUUUGCCGAUCAUUUAAAAGAUGCAAAGGAAUUAUUAAAAACCAAUAAAAUUAUUUAUAAAGAUAUUGGGAAGGAAAUUUUCCAGCUUGAGGUUCCGAAUACAGUAAAGGUACCAGAUAAUUGGCAAAAACUAUCACGUACACAGAAAGUCAAUCGUUAUUGGAAUCCAACUCUCCAAAAACUUGUUAGAGAUUUUCAAGAAGCAAAAGAAACACAAUCUAGUAUAUUAAAAUCUUUACAAAGCCGUUUUUAUCAAAAAUUUGAUGCACAUUAUCGUAAUUGGCUUCUUGCCGUUAAAAUUGUUGGUGAAAUUGAUUGUUUGCUAAGUUUGGCUAAAAGUUCAUUAGCGUUGGGCGAACCUCGCUGUCGUCCCGAAUUUGUGUCACAGGAGCAAAGCGUUCUAGAAUUUGAAGAGCUUAGGCACCCAUGUUUUACUGCUGGUGCCGCUUUUGAUUUCAUACCUAAUGAUACAUUUCUUGGUGGUGAUCAACCAAAUAUGAUAUUGCUUACAGGUCCAAAUAUGGGUGGUAAAUCCACGCUUUUGCGUCAGAAUUGCGUGGCUAUUAUUAUGGCACAGCUUGGUUGCUAUGUUCCUGCGAAGCGUUGUCGUUUGACGCCCUUUGAUAGGAUAUACACGCGCAUUGGUGCUAAUGAUAACAUUCUUGCCGGUCAAAGUACUUUUAUGGUAGAAUUAAGCGAAACCUCAAAGAUUAUUCACGAAGCGACACCUAGGUCUAUGGUUAUUCUUGAUGAAUUGGGACGUGGCACGUCUACUUUUGACGGUUAUGCUAUAGCAUAUUCAGUUUUACAUUAUUUGGCGACGCAUAUUGGUUGUCUUGGCCUAUUUUCUACACAUUAUGGCAUGCUUACCCAAGAAUUUGCUAAAAAUCCCAACGUUGCACUUAAGCAUAUGAGUUGUCAUGUUGACCAAGAUCGUAAAGAAGUGACCUUCUUGUACAAGCUAGUUUCUGGAGUUUGCCCCAAGUCAUAUGGGAUGAAUGUGGCCAAUAUGGCUGGCGUUCCUAGACAGAUUGUUGAUCGUGCUGAAGUGGUUGCCGCUAAAUUUGAACAGACUUCAAAAUUGCAAGACAUCUUAACCGCAAGUAGUUCAAAUGUACCAAUCACGACUUUGUGUGAUUUCGUAUAUCUUUUAAAGGCUGCGGCCAAGAAUGGUGAGUCAUCUAAAGAAGUAGAUGGUGGAGCCCUGGAUGAUCGGGCAGAUUAUAAAAAGGAAGAGAGACAUACCAGAGUACUAAAGACCAUUAUCCGUGGAAUUAAACUAAUGUAA